CUCGUACUGUCAACAGGAGGAAAUGACGUGAUAACGUCGAAAACGUGAGGUUGGGACUUCCAGCCGAGAUACGUUUUUUUUUGUUGCAGUUACUGAGUGAGCAGCCAGCAACAAGUUUACACUUUCUCUGAGGAAUAAAUAAUACUUUAAUGUUUUUUUGUUUUGUUUUUUUGGGGGGGGAUGAAAAGGAAUUGAACAUAUGACUUUUUGUAUGUCAACGUAUAUGGAUGGAGUAAUUGGAAAUGGACCAGAGGCCAGAUUUGGAAGCAACACUUCUGCAGCUUUAGAGAAGCAAGUUAUCACAACUUGAAAAGUACUCCCCUCGAAUGAUAGUGACGUGUAUUUGCACAAGCUAACUAGCUAGCUAAAUGUAAAGUAGCUAGGUGUUGACAAGCUAUCCAGCCAAUUAGCUAGCUGCUAUGGACAUCUUUCCAAGACCUAGUGGAGAAAUUCAAAGAAAAAACCCACAGCAGGAUUUCGAGCUUAUUCAACGAGUGGGGAGCGGCACGUAUGGAGACGUGUACAAGGCUCGAAACAUCCAAACGGGAGAGCUUGCUGCUGUCAAGAUUAUUAAACUGGAGCCAGGGGAUGACUUUUCCAUCAUCCAGCAGGAGAUCUUCAUGGUGAAGGAAUGCAUGCACCACAACAUAGUGGCCUACUUCGGGAGCUACCUCUGCCGGGAGAAGCUGUGGAUCUGUAUGGAGUACUGUGGUGGAGGAUCUCUACAGGACAUAUAUCACGUGACGGGGCCUCUGUCAGAGCCACAGAUCGCCUACGUCUGCCGAGAGACCAUACAGGGUUUGGGAUACCUUCACAGCAAGGGGAAGAUGCACCGUGACAUCAAGGGUGCUAAUAUCCUCCUAACAGACAACGGGGAUGUGAAACUAGCUGAUUUUGGAGUAGCAGCCAAAAUAACAGCCACUAUUGCCAAGAGGAAGUCCUUCAUCGGGACUCCUUACUGGAUGGCCCCGGAGGUAGCAGCAGUAGAGAAGAACGGAGGCUACAACCAGCUGUGUGACAUCUGGGCCGUGGGCAUCACCUCCAUAGAACUGGCCGAGCUGCAGCCCCCUAUGUUUGACCUGCACCCAAUGAGGGCCUUGUUUCUCAUGUCGAAGAGCAGCUUUCAGCCUCCCAAGCUGAAAGAUAAAAUUAAGUGGUCCACAGCCUUCCAUAACUUUGUGAAAGUCUCUCUGACCAAGAACCCAAAGAAGAGACCGACAGCAGAGAAGCUCCUAUCGCAUUUGUUUUUAGAUCAGACAGGGCUGACUAGGAGAGUAGCUGUGGAGCUGCUGGACAAGAUGAACAACCCAGACAACCACCAACACUUCUCUGAGGUGGACGACGAUGACCUGGAGUCUCUUUCAGUAGUGAGACACACCAUCCGUUCCAUCAACAAACACCCCAGACCAGAGAGAACUCACUCAGAGAUCAGCUUUGAUAAAGUGAAGUUUGAACCUCCACUGAGGAAGGAAACGGAGGCUCACACUGAAAUGGAUGUGACUAAACAGAGCGACUUCCCCUCCCCCUGGAGCCCAUUCGCAGAGGGAGGCAUCACGACCAGGAGCCUUCUGAAAAGCGUUGAGGACGAGUUGUUCCAACGGCUCCUAUUCUCUGAGUCACAGAGGGUCCAGGCUCCUAUUCUCUCUGAGUCACAGAGGGUCCAGGCUCCUAUUCUCUCUGAGUCACAGAGGGUCCAGGCUCCUAUUCUCUCUGAGUCACAGAGGGUCCAGGCUCCUAUUCUCGCUGAGUCACAGAGGGUCCAGGCUCCUAUUCUCGCUGAGUCACAGAGGGUCCAGGCUCCUAUUCUCUCUGAGUCACAGAGGGUCCAGGCUCCUAUUCUCGCUGAGUCACAGAGGGUCCAGGCUCCUAUUCUCGCUGAGUCACAGAGGGUCCAGGCUCCUAUUCUCGCUGAGUCACAGAGGGUCCAGGCUCCUAUUCUCGCUGAGUCACAGAGGGUCCAGGCUCCUAUUCUCGCUGAGUCACAGAGGGUCCAGGCUCCUAUUCUCGCUGAGUCACAGAGGGUCCAGGCUCCUAUUCUCGCUGAGUCACAGAGGGUCCAGGCUCCUAUUCUCGCUGAGUCACAGAGGGUCCAGGCUCCUAUUCUCGCUGAGUCACAGAGGGUCCAGGCUCCUAUUCUCGCUGAGUCACAGAGGGUCCAGGCUCCUAUUCUCGCUGAGUCACAGAGGGUCCAGGCUCCUAUUCUCGCUGAAGGACAUAGGGUCCAGGCCCAUCUGGAGGGGUCGCAGGCUCCUAUUCUUGAAGACGUGGAGCUGUCGACCCUGAAGCAUGGAAUCCCACCACCUCUACCGCCAAAGCCUCAACUGAACAGUUUGUCAGAUGAGCUAGGUCUGACUGAUGAGCGGUGUCUGACGGUGAGGAGGUUCCCGGGCUCAGAGAGCAGCCCAGGCCUGGGCCCCCGGAGACUGAGCACCCCAGAGCAGGGCAACAAGGUGGAGCACCCCUCUCCUGACUACCUGUCAGCCAGCGUUAGUAGUCCUGGUAUACUGUCCACAGCCUCGGACCCUGAACUUGAAGACUCUGAUGGAGGUGUGAACGGGGACAGUCCCAAGACUCCUCCCAGCCGACCACAGAGGAAGGAGAAGAAAGACUACCCUAAGCCAGCUAUCAACGGCCUGCCCCCCACUCCUAAAGUCCUGAUGGGAGCCUGUUUCUCCAAAGUGUUUGAUGGUUGUCCACUGAAAAUCAACUGUGCCACGUCGUGGAUACACCCAGAUACCAAAGACCAGUACCUUAUAUUUGGGACGGAGGAUGGGAUCUAUACCCUCAACCUGAAUGAGCUGCAUGAAGCCACCAUGGAACAGCUGUUCCCCAGGAAGUGUACCUGGCUCUACAUCAUCAACAACAACCUGAUGUCUCUGUCAGGAAAGACCUUCCAGCUGUACUCUCACAACCUGAUUGGGCUGUUUGAGCAGUUGAAGAAACCUGGCCUCGCCUCUCAGUUCCAGACACACCGCUUCCCAGACAAGAUCUUACCUAGGAGGUUUGCCUUGACCACCAAGAUCCCGGACACAAAGGGCUGUCACAAGUGCUGCAUUGUGAGGAACCCCUACACUGGCCAUAAGUAUCUGUGUGGAGCGCUGCAGUCUGGGAUAGUCCUGCUACAGUGGUACGAGCCCAUGCAGAGGUUCAUGCUCAUAAAGCACUUUGACUUCCCCCUACCCAGCCCUCUGAAGGUGUUUGAGAUGUUGGUGGUUCCAGAGCAGGAAUACCCCAUGGUGUGUAUAGCUGUCAGCCAGGCCACGGAGCCAGGCCAGGUGGUUCGCUUUGAGACCAUCAACCUCAACUCCUGCUCUUCCUGGUUCACUGAGAUGGGAUCAACUGGCCAAGCAGUGGAUGCCAUCCAUGUGACCCAGCUGGAGAGGGACACCGUGCUCGUGUGCCUGGACAAAAAUCUAAAGAUCGUGAACCUCAUGGGAAGAUUAAAGUCUAACAAGAAGCUAGCCUCGGAGCUCAGCUUUGACUUCGCCAUUGGAUCCGUUGUGUGCCUUCAGGACAGUGUCCUGGCCUUCUGGAAGCACGGCAUGCAGGGAAAGAGCUUCAAGUCCAACGAGGUCACCCAGGAGAUUUCUGAUCCCAGUCGAGUCUUCCGUCUCCUCGGAUCUGACAGGGUGGUGGUUCUGGAGAGCCGGCCCACUGACAACCCCACAGCCCUCAGCAACCUCUACAUCCUGGCCGGGCAUGAGAACAGUUACUAGCCCCUUAACCGUGUUACCAGCUCCUAGCUCUGACCCAGUGACUCCACACAGAGGGAGGGGGG